AGACAAACAGUGCAGGGCACAAAAGCUGAUAUUCUUUAUUUUUUUCAUCUAGAGGCACAACAAACAAAGACUGGAAGGCGACUGUCGAGGGAAGAGGCAUCCCUUUGGAUCUUUCAUUUUUUCUUUGGUCUCACACCAAUCACAGAGUCAGACAAGAUGAUGACCAGUGGCUACAUCUCUCUUGUUUUUCUCCUGACCUUCGCUACUCUCAUAUUGGCAGGACCUCUGCCACCUCCUCAGGAUGCUGAUCCUAACAGUACCGACGUACAAGACUCGGCCGCUUUCGCAGUCGAGUCCUUCAAUUACUUUUCCAAAGAGGAAAACCUGUACAAAAUUGUGAAGAUAGUAAAGGUCCAACAAGAGGAGGGGGUUCUCCAGCCAUUAGACUUGUAUCAAGAUUGUUGGAGGAGCAAAGUAUACGAUGGAGGUGAAUCUUGGAAGGACGAGAUGUCUGAAAGAAGAAGACAGAAAUAUCGAGUCCUGCCCUCUAAUGGCUGAUCAGCCCAAGAUGUUGCAGUGCACCUUUGUCAUCUUGACGGUACCAUGGAGAAAUGAAAGAAGGCUUCUUCAGAGCUCAUGCAUGCCAAAGAAUUAACCGGCAGUCUUCACUCUAUGACCAAAAUGAGUGCAGUGUGCAAAACUGGCAUAUAUAUACAUGUGACACAUUUUCAUUUGUCCAUAUAAUAAAUUACAAUUUCACUUUA